UGCAAGCACAGCAACGCAUUUCGCUGGAGCAUCACAAGACAGAUGACAUGAGGAAUAGUGUCUUGUUUUCAUUCAGUUAUAUUAAUGAUAAUUCGCGUACAGAAAGUUUUAUAUAAAUACUCUGUAAACCAACACCUUAUAGUUUACAUAAAGUCCGUCGUUUCUUUUGUUAGGGAUAAACGCUAAUAUUAGCUAGCUAACUGGUGUGCAACUCAGAACAACAAACGCUAACAUUAGCUUCUGCAACAAAAGACAUCUUUCUUAGGUCAAAGUCUGGCAAAAUGGCUUUAUCGGAGACAGGGAAUGGUGGUGAAGGAGGAGAGUCGGACGCUAUUGUCCAAACUUGUCUGUUAGGGGGCUUCAGUGAGAGCGGCGAGACCCGAGCUCUGAUCUCCAGCCUGGCGGAGGUCCACGGAGACACGGUGACAACAGAGUCCGCCACGCAGAGGUUCUUAGUGAUAAUGAACAGAUAUCAAGAGCAGCCUCAUCUGCUGGACCCUCACUUAGAAUGGAUGUUUAACAUGAUACUGGAAUUCAUAAGGAGUGAAAAGUCUCCCCCUUCACUCGUUCAUUUGAGCUUCAAGUUUCUCUACAUCAUCUGUAAGGUGAGAGGCUAUAAAAUCUUCAUGCAGCUUUUUCCUCAUGAGGUAGCCGAUGUCCAGCCAGUUCUGGAUCUAUUAUUCAGGCAGGAUCCCAAGGACACUGAGACUUGGGAAACUCGCUACAUGCUGUUGCUGUGGCUGUCCAUGACCUGCCUCAUACCCUUUGACCUUUCUCGUCUGGAUGGACAUCUGGAGUCUGAUUCUGGCAAGGCCAGAGAGUCUACCAUGGACCGCAUUCUAGCUAUUGCAAAGUCUUAUCUAGUUGUCAGUGAUAGUCCCAGGGAUGCUGCGUCUGUACUGGUAUCAAAGUUUAUAACACGCCCUGAUGUGAAACAGAAACGUCUCAAAGACUUUUUGGACUGGAACCUCACCACUAUAUCCCAGACAAAUGACCAGUCAAUGAGAGAAAUUAUGGUACUGGAUGGUGCUCUGCAGUCUCUGGCAAAGCUCUUCAAACAUGGAAAACGAGAUGACCUCCUGCAGUAUGCUCCUACAAUUUUGCAGUGUCUGGAGCAGAAACAUCUAUCAGAGAGCAGCCAGGCCAUGCUGAGGAAGCUUGGUGUCAAACUAAUCCAGAGGCUCGGCCUCACCUUCCUGAAGCCACGUUUGGCCACUUGGAGGUACCAGAGAGGUAGCCGCUCCCUUGCAGCAAACCUUGCUAUGUCCCAAUCUGCUACAGCCACUGCUGAAGUGGAGACACAAGAACAGGAGGAGGACUAUGACAUUCCUGAGGAAGUGGAGACAGUUAUUGAGCAUCUGCUGGUGGGACUGAAAGAUAAGGAAACAAUCGUGCGUUGGUCUGCAGCAAAGGGCAUUGGGAGGGUGACUGGAAGGCUCCCCAAGGAGCUGGCAGAUGAGGUGGUUGGAUCAGUGCUGGACUGCUUCAGCUUCCAGGAAACAGACAAUGCUUGGCAUGGAGGCUGCCUGGCACUGGCAGAACUUGGUAGGAGAGGACUGCUGCUGCCUUCCAGAUUGACAGAUGUUGUGCCGCUCAUCAUCAAGUCCCUGACCUACGAGGAAAAGAGGGGAGCAUGUAGUGUCGGUUCCAAUGUGCGUGACGCUGCCUGCUAUGUGUGCUGGUCUUUCGCCAGGGCUUAUGAACCCAAGGAGCUCGAGCCUUUUGUCACUCAGAUUGCCAAUGCUCUGCUGAUCACAGCUGUGUUUGAUCGAAACGUCAACUGCCGCAGAGCCGCCUCCGCUGCUUUCCAGGAGAAUGUCGGCAGACAGGGGACAUUUCCUCAUGGUAUUGACAUCGUAACUGCAGCAGACUACUAUGCUGUUGGGAAUCUCAACAACUGCUAUCUGAACAUUAGUGUUUACAUAGCAAGUUUUCCAGAGUAUACCAAAGCUAUGAUAGACCACUUGGUAGCCAUGAAGAUCAACCACUGGGAUGUUGUGAUCCGAGAGCUCGCCACUAAAGCACUCCACAACCUGACGCCUCAAGCACCUGAUUAUAUGGCAACUACAGUUUUGCCACAACUGUUGCCCAUGGCAGUGGCUAUUGACCUUCAUGGUCGCCAUGGAGCCAUCCUGGCAUGUGCAGAGAUCACACACGCUCUGUACAAACUGGGCCUUCAGACAAACAGGACUGUGUUGGACAUAAUUUCUUCAGAAUGCGUGGACGCAUUAAAAAACAUUCACCAGAGGCUACAAGACAGAAAACAAUACAGGGGUUUUGGUGGAGAGCUGAUGAGGCCAGCAAUGUGUGGUCUGAUAGAAAGGUUGUCCCUGUCCAAAAUGCCUUUCAAGGAUGACCCCGUAAUCACUGGCUGGCAAUGGCUUAUUGACGACACCAUAAAGAGUCUUCAUCUCUUUUCAAGUGGUGCGAAGGAUGGCAUCAUGGUUUCUGUGGUAUCUGCCUUGUCCGCACUAUGUGAGGAGUACUACCAGGCCCAGCCAGGCCAAGCUGACUCAGAAAUGCAGACUGUCCUGGUAUCUCAGUACACUGAAGGGCUGAAGAGUCCACAGAUUCUCACCCGUUGUGGAUCUGCCCUUGCCCUUGGCUGUCUGCCAAGAUUUAUGAUCCAUAGCAAACUGAAACAGAUCCUAGAUGGCCUUCAGCAGAUGUGCAUUGUCAGUCAGAAAGAAGGGAAUUUUACAGAGGCAAGGAGAGAUGCAGUCAGAGCAAUUGCUCAGGUGUGUAUGAAGGCGGGUGCUUGCGCCAGUGGCUCUACAGACUCUGCCCUGUGCUCGGAGAAUGUAGCAGAAGUAUACGGUGCCCUGCUCAAUGGUAUGAAUGAUUAUACAACAGACAGCAGAGGGGACGUAGGGGCAUGGGUGAGAGAAGCAGCAAUGACUAGUCUGAUGGAUGUGACUAUGCUGGUGGCUAGCAGUGCUCCAGAGAUCCUUUUGCCAGACCUGGUGAAGUGUAUGAUGUGCUGCUUGGCCCAGCAGGCAGCCGAGAAGAUUGACCGCUACAGAGCUCAUGCCGGCAACAUCUUCCUGCACCUCCUCCACAGCACCGAGCCUGCAGUACCUCACAUCCCCCACCGGGAGGAGCUGCUAAACAUCUUUCCUGUGGAGGCCACAACCAGUCUGAACUGGAACGCUCCAUCUCAAGCUUUCCAGUAUAUCACCCAGCUGCUGGGGCUGCCACAGUAUCAGUACCACACCCUGCUGGGUCUCACCGUGUCUGUGGGAGGGAUCACUGAGUCCACAGUGCAUUUUUCUUCCCAAUCAUUGUUUGACUACCUGAAAGGGAUUCAGGACGAUAGUGCUGCCCUGUCACAGUUCGGAGAUACAUUGCUGAGCAUCUUCAGAGACAAUCUCCGCAAUGACAGAGUAUCUAUUCCUUUUCUGAAGAUGCUCAAUCAGAUGCUCGCUAACAGCUGCUUUGAAAUCUUCACCACACAAGAGAAUCACCAGUUCUGUGUGGACCUUUUGACUCUUUGCAAAGAAAUCAAGAAGUCCAAAAACAUUUCCAAGCUACGCGCCUGUGUAGCUGUCUUCUGUGGGCUGAUCCAGUUCCAGGGUGAGGUGAGGAAGAAAGUUUUGUCCCAGCUGCUGAUGCUACUCUGCCAUUCCUUCCCUGUGAUCAGAAAGACCACGGCCAGCCAGAUGUAUGAGAUGCUGCUGACCUACGAUGAUGUCAUCGAUCCAGAGGUUUUGGAUGACGUCAUGACCCUGCUCAGUGAUACUAAUUGGGAGAGUGACCUUGCCACAGUGCGGACCCACAAGAAUCAACUUUGUGAUUGGUUGGGAGUCCCCAAGCCACAGUUGGUCGCCAAGCAGAGCCCUGCCCAGGUUUCCUGAUCACCUGUGGCUGUGAAAACCAGCUGCAAAUGACGUAGGUGAACAACAUCUUGUAAGAAUUAAGAACGGACUCCGAGUGCUGCUCUUCUGAAGCUGUCUUAUAUCAGUUGGUCUGCCGUAUGCCAGAAAACAAUACAUGGAAUGAAUUUCAAUCUGGAAGAAAUCUGGAAGUUACAUGACAAUAAAACAUUGAAAACGAAAA